AUGAAAGAAAUUCAGUCAGAGGCAGUUUGUAGCAUUCAGAAGAGAAGUGGUGGUUAUACUCAUCAGAGAAAGUUAGGGGACAGUAGUCAGAAGCGAUCAGCAAGUGCACAGGCUAGUGUGAAAACAAGUAGUGAUAUGUGUGAAAGAUGUGGAAAAUCACAUUCAAAGAAUGACAUGUGUCCUGCAAGAAGUGCUGAGUGUUUGAAGUGUCACAAAUUUGGACAUUAUGCAUCAGUUUGUAGGUCCAGAACAGUAGCGAGGAAUCCACCUAAAACACAGAACUCAAGAGGGUCCGGAAGAUGGAAACAAGGUCAAAGCAACCCAAAAGUCCACAGUUUAGAGACUGAUGAACUCUUUAUUGGGACAAUAGAGGAUAGAAAGGGUGAAAGUGGUGAAGACUAUUCAGAACAAUAUGCAGAUAUCCUAGUGAACAAGAAGUUCAUAGUAGCUAUGAAGAUAGAUACAGGAGCACAAGUUAAUGCUAUGUCAGAGAGAGACUUUCUAAAAGUCUGCAAGUUUGCAGGUCCUCUUGAGAAACCGGACACAAGGCUUUACGGCUAUGGACAGAAGUGGUUGAAAAUUGCAGGUAUGACUUACCUGGAUUGUAGUUACAGAAAUGUGUCUGUACGCCUAAAGUUCUAUAUAGUGCAAGAAGAGGCACCCUCAGUGUUAGGACUUCGAGCCUGUGAGGACUUAAACCUGAUAAAAGUCCUGUUGAACAUUGAACGCCUGAUUACUGAUGCAAGUAGUUCUGAGAAAAUACUCAGGAUGUUUCCAGAUAUCUUCCAAGGCUUAGGAUGUCUUGAAGACAAGUACAGUAUUCAGCUUGACCCAGAAGUGAAACCAGUAGUACAUGCUCCACGGAAAGUUCCGAUUGCCCUACAUGAGAAAGUUCAAGUGGAACUUCAGCGAAUGGAGGACUUGGGAGUGAUCAUGAAAGUGGAAGAGCCCACUGAGUGGGUAAAUUCUAUGGUGGUCGUUCCUAAAGCCAGUGGUGAAAUUAGGUUGUGCCUUGACCCAGCUGACCUAAAUAAGGCGAUACAACGCGAGCACUACAGAAUGUCCACGAUACAAGAUGUGACCUCAAAGAUUGCUGACCACAAGUACUUCACAGUUCUAGAUGCGAAAUCGUCAUACUGGCAAGUACAACUUGACCACGACUCCUCCAUGUUAACCACGUUCAACACUCCAUGUGGUAGAUAUAGGUUCUUACGUCUUCCAUUUGGAAUUAAAAGUGCCAGUGAAGUGUUCCAAAAGCGCAUGGACAAAAUCUUCGAAAAACUGAACUAUACUCACCCAAUAGUAGAUGAUAUUCUCAUCAGUGGCAGAAUCAUUGAGGAACAUAACAAGAACCUCAUGGACACUCUUGAGACUGCAAAAGGAAGUGGUAUCAAGUUAAAUGCAGACAAGACUCAACUGUGUUCGCAGGAAGUGAAAUUCUUUGGUGAAAUACUUACCUCUGAUGGCAUGAAACCAGACCCGGAUAAAGUUGAAGCAGUACGCACAAUGACAACUCCAACAAGCAAGAAGGAGCUUGAAGGUUAUCUGGGAAUGUUCACUUAUCUUGCACAGUAUUCCCCUUGUCUUUCUGAGAGAACUCACAUCCUGCGUGAUCUGAUUAAGCAAGACAGUCAGUGGAAUUGGACUCCAAACCAUGAACAAACGUUCCAAGAGAUCAAGGAUCUCAUCACAAGAUCACCAGGUCCUGUUCUGCGAUAUUUUGAUUCCCAGAAAGAAGUCGUUCUGCAAGUGGAUGCAUCCCAGAAUGGUGUUGGGGCUGUUCUGUUACAGGAAGGACACCCUGUAGCAUUUGCAUCCAAGUCUAUGACGUCAUGUCAGCGCAAUUAUGCACAGAUAGAAAAGGAGAUGAUGGCCAUAGUAUUUGGCUGUGAGAAAUUUCAUCAUUAUUUGAUGGGUAGAAGAUUUGUUGUCAUGUCAGAUCACAAACCAUUGGAGAGCAUUUUCAUGAAGCCACUCCACGCUGUACCACUACGUCUCCAGAGGAUGAGAAUCAGACUGCAAAGGUAUGAUGUUGUUGUCAAGUACAUUCCAGGAAAAGACAUUCCUGUGGCUGAUAUGCUGUCCAGACACUUUAUAGAAGAAAAGCUGACAGACUUGAACUCUUUUGAUGAGGAAGUUAGCGCAUAUGUUCAUAUGGUGACAACAGGCUUACCUAUUUCAGAUAGGAAGAUGUCUGAGAUAAAAUCCGCUACAGUUGAAGAUGAACAGCUGCAGGCAGUGAUUAGUGCAGUGCAAAAUGGUUGGGCAGCUACACACGUAGACUGUUCCGCUCAAGUCAAGGACUUUUGGACAUUUCGAGAGGAAAUCUCCUGUGUUGAUGGAAUUGUGUACAAGGGGAGUAAAGUAGUCAUUCCCUCGAAACUCAGAGUUGAAAUGCUUCAAUGCAUUCAUAGUGGUCAUCAAGGAAUGACCAAGUCGAAAGAAAGAGCUAGAGAGAUUCUCUUUUGGCCGUGUAUGAACAAAGAUAUUGAGAGAACAGUAGAGCAGUGUGCAGUAUGUCAAGAGCACAGGAAAAGUCCUUGUAAGGAACCCAUGAUCUCCAGUGAAGUACCUACCCUCCCGUGGCAAGUAGUAGCCACAGAUCUAUUCCAUAUGGAUGGAAGAGAGUAUUUAGUAGUAGUAGACUACUACAGCAGGUAUUUUGAAGUAGCCCUGUUAACCAACACAAAGGCUUCUACAGUCAUCACACAUAUCAAGUCCAUCUUUGGACGACAUGGCGUGCCUAUGCGGGUUGUCUCUGAUAAUGGGCCACAGUAUGCCUGCGCUGAGUUUAAGACCUUUAGUGACAAGUGGAAGUUUGAACACAUAACGUCGUCACCACUGUAUCCACAGGCCAAUGGUCUUGCUGAAAACACAGUCCAAACUCUCAAACAGCUGUUACGAAAGUCUAGGCAGAGUCAUGCAGAUCCAUAUCUGGCAAUGUUGGCUUAUAGGAAUACGCCUAUAAAUGGACUCGCCUCACCAGCGCAACUGCUGAUGGGACGCAGGUUGAGAAGUGACUUACCGGUGCAAUAUGCAAUGCUCAGACCUGAAGUUGUUGACUGUGAUGUAGUGAAACAAGCAAUCUCACAGUCACGAGAGACCCAGAAAGUCUACUAUGAUCAGAGAGCUCAUCCAAGACCACCAAUACAGGUGAAUGACAGUGUGCGAUUGAGGCAAGGGAAGGACUGGAUCCAAGCUAAAGUUGUGAAAUAUGCAAGCACUCCACGUUCUUUGGUAGUAAGAACUCAAGGUGGCUCAGAGUACCGACGGAACAAGCAUGACCUGAUUCCAACAAAGGAAAAUCUUCCUGACGACUGCAGUAUUAUCCAAAGUCCUGAUGGAACCACUCAAGGAGCAACUAAUGCUACUCCAGAGAAUGUUCCUGUACAGUCUCCAGACACUCCUCCAGACAUGAAUGUGUCGCAAAGCCUUGUUCCAUCGAGGAACCCCAUUGCAUUCUCAUCCAGUGGUCGACCAAUCUUCAGACCACAGCGAUUCUCUGAGUGA